AUUCCUUGGCUGCUGUCAGUCUCCGGCUCCGGAUGGCGUUUGGCUGAGGACCGCUGCUCUUGUUCGCUCAGCUGCUGCUGUGGGAGCCCGGAGAAGCCGCGGCUCCAGCACCGUGGACAGCUCCUCCUCGCAGGGUUCCCCGCUGCGCUCGCCGGGGAUACCCCCCCCUCUCCACCGAGGAGCAGCGGAGGAGACCCGGGGUCUGGAGCCUCCAGGAGGGGAGGAGGGGGAGUCGUCCUUCGAUCGCUCUCAUAUCACUUAAAAAAAAAACCCAACAUGAUCUCGCCUAGUGACGAUGCUUCUUCUUGCGUUUGAGCUCCAGCCCCUCAUCGCUUUUACACUGAAGCCCGGGCAGCAGCAGCAGCAGCAGCAGCGGCGGUGGUGGUGCUCGACCAAUGCAAGAGAGCUGAGGAGAGCUGCUGCAGCCUACACACACUGUGAGUCUGCUGCUGCUUCACUCACUCACAUCACCACCAACACCACCACCAACACCACCGAGGGAGACAUCACUACCAGCCAGGGGAGGCACAGUAACCCGCCAACAAUGUAAAUCUCACACAGGUUCAACCUGAAAGUGGCAUCCAUCAGGUGAAAAGGUGAAGUGCUCAAACAGGCAGAACCGAGUGGAAACCUUGUGAUAACCACCACGUCGCUCAUUUCUCCAUCGCCCUGCAUCAUGGCUAAUGCUGAGGAAGCGGAGCAGGCAGGUCUGUCGGACUUGGAGAUCAUCUCUCAGCCGAUGGAGGAUGAGAACCAGUGCUUGGCUCCUCCGGUCCAGCUGGUGAGUUUUGGCUACAGAGAUCUUCCCCUCGCUGCUCUGGACCUCUCGCUGGCCGGAUCACAGCUCCUCUCCAACGCAGAUGAAGACGAAAACAGAGAUGGGUCCAACUGGCUGAAGCCGUGCUGCGGUCGCCGAGUGGCCCUGUGGCAAGUCUGUCUGCUCAGCGCCGGCUUCAACUGUGUCCUGGUGGCUUGUGUCAUCCUGGUGGUGCUGUUCCUGUCCCUGGAGCUGCUCAUAGACACCAAACUCCUACAAUUUUCCAAUGCUUUCCAGUUUGCCAGCAUUAUCCACUGGAUCAGCCUUAUCAUCCUGUCACUCUUCUUUUCAGAGACUGUCUUCAGAAUAGUCGUGCUCGGGAUCUGGGACUACAUAGAAAACAAAGUCGAGGUGUUCGAUGGUGCUGUCAUCGUGCUGUCGCUGGCCCCCAUGGUGGCCUCCACGGUGGCCAAUGGGCCCAGCAGCCCCUGGGAUGCCAUCAGCCUCAUCAUCACCCUACGCAUUUGGAGGGUCAAGAGGAUCAUUGAUGCAUAUGUGCUACAAGUGAAAGUGGAAAUGGAGCUGGAGAUUCAGCAGUGUGAGAAGACCAAGGCUGUGAGAGAGGAGCAGCUGGAGCGUCUCACUCAGAUCUGCCAGGAACAGGCUUUUGAGAUCAGGCAGCUCAGGGCCCAUCUGGCCCAGCAGGACCUGGACCUUGCAGUAGAACGUGAAGCAGCCAUGCAAAUCCACCACGUCUGGGGCAAACAGGGCAGGAGUUUUCAGGUUGUUGAAGGCUUGACUCCCGGGGAGUCGGAUGAUGAGGGCGGCCAGAGAAACCCCAGGGAGCCCAACACCACUGCAGAUCCAGUUGGACAUGAUGACAUGAACAACUACAUCAGCCAAUACUACAGUGAAGCAAGCAGUGAUGCCGGGGCUUCUGGCCUAGGCACUCGGAUCAUCACCAUGGCAGCCAUUGACGUUCACCUCCCCACCAACACAACUCCUGUUCAGUCCAACCCGAUGCUUGCGAUGGAGCGGGUGGGCAGCGCUGUAAGCGACGCCUCCACCAGCAUAAUACAGUCCAGUGGCAGCCUGACGGCCCGGCCCCACAGCCUGAGCAGCCACACCCCGGCCUCAUCUCUGACAGACUGCAGCAGCAGCAGCACGGCUCAGGGCCUCAGUCUGAACUACAGCUCCCAUCGCUGCUGCCCUCCUUCCUUCUCAGGCCAAGACCCUAGGGACCCCAGCAUGAUGGUGCAGGAACUACUCUCCUCCCUCUCUGAGGCGCCCUGCCUCGCCCAGAAGGGCCUGGUGGUGGACCCUGUCAACCUCAAGCUUCCUAGCCCUACGGGCUCAGAAAAGGCCAGUCCCGAGCUGGACAACAGGAUAAACAUCUUCAACCGCAGGAACCAGGAGGAGUGGAGGGGCCGGGGAAGGGGCUGCGUGCUGUUGCAGACCAAGCCGCUGAUCCACCUACAGGGCGGCACCACUGAGCCAUCCCUGGAGGAGAAGUACCGGCUCCUGGGACCAGCUGACACACCUCUGGGGCACAUGUCUGACACAUAAACUACGUUUACACAGAAACAGGACUUUUUUUUUUCUUUUUACCGCCACCGUGAUUGGCACCAAUCUGAACUCCAGUGGCAGGUUUAACCUCAUGAGAGCGACCACACAAGAUUUAAAAUGUUUCCGUUGCUGUGUAAAUCCAAUCCUGGCCAGUCCAGAGCGAGCUUGAGCCUUCACUUUUAGCUGACACUGAUGCUUCUUAACUUGACGUGUUCAGAGCCCUUGAACAGAAAUGGUGACCAGAACUCUUACGCCUCUUUGUCAUACCGGCCCUGUUCCUCUGUGAUGGAUUUUGAAAAUCAUAAACGCCCUGAAAUAGCACAAACAAAACCAGACAAUAUCCCAAUAACAGGGAGUCUUAUAAUGUGUUCUGUGACACGUUCUUCAUCAGGAAUUCUCACUUUGGUCCUAAAUGCACUGAACCUAAUGUGAAUUAAAACCAGCAAGGGUCCAUUCAAGCCUAUACUGAACAAAAAGUAAUGCUGAACAAACCAUGACACCGAUCUCUGAAGUUAAAAAGAUUUUUUUCUUGAUAUUAUUUUUAUUUUUAUUUGUUUCACCGACUUCAAACUUUCAUCAUGCUGUCUUUGUUGAAACAGUCACAGGGUACAUAAGACUGGCUUAUAUUCAAACAAUUUUCUUCUUUUUUUUACCUUUUGGCUUUCUGUCACCUAUUUGUUUGGAACAUCAGAAUUAAUUGAACAGAACUUUUGUUUUAGUAGAGUAUAUUUGUGUGGGUGAGAUGAAACGUUAAAUGACUGGAUUCUUAAAAUAGUACUAGACUGGAGUGCUUGUAGCAUGAACCUUUAAAAAAGAUAAUGUGCCCUAAAUGGGAAGCAAAUUCUUUGCACUUUAAUGUUUACAGACACUUUUGUAAACUUGGUA